AUGGGAAGAUGUGUUCUGUGAGUAGGGCCAACAUGGCGGCACUGGUGGAAGGAACUCGGUAUGGUCUCUCUUCCCAAGGGACCUAUUCGAAAAACAAGACCUUAAUCUUCGUCAAACUCACGGAUUCGGCGCUGAGAUCUAUCGAGGAAUAUCUUAAGUACAAAGGAAGCUGCAGUCAUAAACCAUCGAUCCAGUUCGACGGAAAACAAGGGGUGAUAACGGUGCCGCGUGCAGGCAGUGGCCAGCAGACGAAUCAGCAGAGGUUCGGUUUUGGCGUUUCCACGCUUGAAAAAGAUGCUCCCCAGGGGAGCUUUGAAUGUGUUCGAGAGACUGGGGAAAGGGCCUUGGACUCCUUGGGAUGUCUGCUGCACAAAAUGCAAAUCCAUGCCAGUGACGACAUCUAUGAGAAGACGAGAGUUAAAAUGGCUGUUGUAGAAAAGGAGAGUAAAAAGAAUUGUACAAAGGUGAUCAAGGUGACCUCUCCGUACGUGGGGCGCAAGGUGAAGGUGAAAAGGCCCAUGGUACUACAGCAGACGUCAGCCCCCCUGGCCAGGCAAUCCCCGCCUGUUGUGGCCAAGUACCAUACUCAACAGCAGCCCCCUCCACAGCCCCAACAACGGAUACCCCAUGACACGGGACGUUCAUCCGUGGCACGUCGCUCCUACAGGGAACGCAUCGUGCAGCUGUUGGCUCUUCGACCCUACAAGAAGCCAGAGCUGCUGGCGAGGCUUAUAAAAGAUGGGGUUCGUGAGCAAGACCGCAAGGGCUUGAGCGCCAUCCUGAGCCAGGUGGCAGUGUUGAAAGACAACACGUACAGCCUGGCACGCCACAUCUGGAGUGAGGUGCGCGAUGACUGGCCCUACUACACCCCUGAAGAGGCAGAACUACUUCGCAACAAUAGGAUACGGGCUGAACUCCCCUCGCCAGUUGGGGGCAGCAAUUCGCCUCCCGAACCCAUGAAAAUUAAAAUUGACACUCCCGAGGUCCCCGUGAGCAAACGGCCUCGUGUUAGCCUCUAUCAACAACCUCCACAGCAGCCUCCACCUCAGCCUCUUCAGCAGCAUCCACCCCCUCAGCAACAGCAGCCCCCACCUCAGCAACAACAACAACCUCCACCACCUCAACAGCAUCGAAGUAAACCUCAGAUGUUUGUUGGAAGCAAUGGAGGGCUGACACGGGGUCUACCGGGAGGGAACAGCGUCCCCGCAGCGGGACCCAGUCCCGUUUCCUCUCCGGAUUCAGCCGAUUCCAUACCUGAUGGAACACAUGACUAUGACACGAAGUACGUAACGAUAACAAAUCCUGACCAGCGUGCCCGCUACAAGGCAGACUUCAAUGCGGAGUACCACGAAUACAAGACAUUACACUCUACUGUGGAACAGGUGUCUCGGCGCUUUUCGGAUCUCGAGGAUAAUCUGCGUCAAGCACAAGAGGGAUCUGACCAGUGGCAUCGUGUGCGGGAGCAAAUCAUGCAGGAAUACCAGCAAAAUCUCAAGGACAAACGGUACCAAGAAGCUCGGCGCAAGCUUCAAUACCUGCACGAUAAACUGGCCCACAUCAAGCGCUUGGUAUUGGACUAUGAUGCCAGGGUACGGGCAGCCUCUUAGCCCCGUAGCCCCCGUGUACAUUCCUGUUGCAGUUGUGUUUAUGGUUGGGCUUCUGGGUCGCAAGAUGUGUGGUGUAACCCGUCGGGCAGUCCCAUUAAACCCCCAUUAACCUUGGACUAUCCUAGGGAGGAAUUCCACAUAUCAUACAGCGCAAGGUUUCUCGGCUCUGUCAAAUAAAGCACAAAAAGCUCGGACAACAAGUAUGUAACAAUCAAAGCUUUUUCUUUCCUGCCGCCCAGCUUCCGGUGGGUCAGUGUUGCCAUUGGGCGAGUUAUAUGUUUGAACUGCCCAGGUGGUGACGAACGGGAAUUCUAUUUUAUCGCCAUGCAACUGUGUGUAUGUCUGUGCAUGUGGCACAAAGAAAAGAAGAAAAACAGUUCAAAAGUUA